CACUCUGCAGCCUCCCCCGCUGCCUGCGCCCUCCCACUGUGGGCUCAGGCGCGCGCAAGCACACACACACACACACACACACACACACACACACACACACACACACACGAGUGUCUGCCGAAGAAAACCACAAACACUUGAGGACCACGGACACGGGACAACGAGAGGGAACAGGAACCCACCGUCCUCGUCCUCCUCAGUGACUCCCACUUGAGCACCGUGGUCUGGGCUGCCAUGAAGACCCUGCAGGCCGCAUUGCUCUGGGUUCUCUUGGUGCCGUGGGUAAAGCCGGCCCCACCCACUCCACAGAGCUCCAGGACAGAGACUUUGGAAGAAAUAUGGGAUUAUGAGGAGCCCCCACAGGACGAGAAAACUACGAAGAAAAAAGAUACUAUGGCAAUUCUACAUGCCUUACAAAAAGAUGAAAGUGCAACGGUACCACCAGCAAAAAACGAAGAUGGCGAAAUGCCGACCUGCCUCUUGUGCGUCUGUCUCAGCGGCUCGGUGUACUGCGAGGAGACCGACAUCGACGCCGUGCCCCCCUUGCCCAAGGAGACGUCCUACCUUUAUGCCCGAUUCAACAAGAUCAAGAAGAUUAUGGCCAAAGACGUUGCAGAUAUUCCUAACUUACGAAGACUCGAUUUCACCGGAAACCUGAUAGAGGACAUAGAGGACGGGGCCUUCUCCAGGCUCUCCCUGCUGGAGGAGCUCACGUUGGCAGAGAACCGGCUGCUCAAGCUCCCAGCCCUGCCGUCUAAGCUGACUUUGUUUAAUGCCAGACACAACAAGCUCAAAAGUAAAGGCAUCAAAGCAAACACAUUCAAGAAGCUGAAUAACCUCUCCUUCCUCUACCUGGACCACAACGAGCUGGAGUCUGUGCCACCACAUUUGCCAGAGAGCCUGAGAAUCCUUCACCUUCAGUUUAACAACAUAGCUGACAUCACAGACGACACAUUCUGCAAAUCCAAUGACACACGUUACAUUCGGAGCCAUGUUGACGAGAUAAGGAUGGAAGGCAACCCGAUACUCCUGGGAAAGCAUCCUAACAGCUUUAUCUGCUUAAAAAGACUGCCCACUGGAACAUACUAUUAACCAAGGCUCAUCUAGCUAAAUAUACACCCAAAGGGGAAAGAGAGCCACUGUCCUCCCCCUCAUUUAAAGGAUCCUAUAGGCUAGUUUAAUUAUAUUUUUGUAUACCCCUUGGCAGCUUUCAGGCACUUAAACUUUUUUUUGGUGUUGUUUUAAACUACAAUAUUUAGAAAACUUUACAUCUACAUUUUGAGUUCAAAAUGUAACAUAAUGUGAAUAACUGAGACUAGUCAAUAUAAAUAUCACCACAUAACCCACUUGGUUCAUGGCAAGAUGUCGGGCACGCUGUAAUGGUGUCUUUGUAUCCAUGUCUAAACUUGGGGCACCUUCUUCUUCUCAUCACUAUGAAUAUGUAAGUGUGCAUGCACACCCAGGACUGUCUCUCUGAUGCCCUUCUUUCUUGCUCUUGCCUGAGGCCAUAAAGCAUCAAUGCUAAAGUGAUGCCUCCUUGCCCUUACCCCGGCUCAAAGUGAAAUACUUUCAGGCACUCACAGUUUCUGCAAGCUGGACUGACAUCAAGGAGGCAGAAUUUAUUACUGUUUUAUGCCAUGAAAUGCAUUAGAGUCUGCUAUGAGACACGUGUUUAUAACAAACUUUUCAACUGGAGUCGACUUCUCCACUCCUUUGGUCAAGCCCCAAUCAAAUGUACAUUCAUAGUAAUUUGCUCUAGUUUGGGGAGGUGCAGUUGAGAGGAUUUCUUUGGCAGCGUUCAAAGAAGGCAUCUCCAUCCUCGGAGGCCUGCUCCCUCCAGUGCUGAGGUAGUUAACAUGAUCAUUAUCAUCACCUCCAUUUUACAGGUGGGGCCACCAAGGUUUUCACGAGGGUGAGAUGACUUAGGCCAAGUUAGAUCUGGGAAACAAGCUCUGCUCCUGGUCCAGGCCUCCUUCUACGGCCCCAGAGGAUGUAGCAUGCUUCCUACUGAGGGGAACACACACAUGAGCUAGCUGAGCCCAGGUUUCACACGUAGGUCCAAGGAAUGGGUCAGCCCCCACAUGCUAAAGCAUGCGGGACUCUGGCAGAUCCAGGACAUGCCUUCCACAGACAGAAAUGACAACUCCUCCCCUUCCUUCCUGUCUUCACACCCUGUAAGAUUCUUUUUCGUGUCCUUAAAUAAAGCCUCCAUCAAUGGCCCACA